AUGGCAGGUCUUGAAGUUUCAAGCAGCAUGUUGUUUUCAAAGAGUAAUUUGCCUUCGUUGUGUUGUCGUCGGGGAAUAAGAACCGGUUACCCGAUUGCUAGACAGACAAAAAAUUCAUCUGAUCGUCAAGUGAUUGCCAAGCUUUAUGCAAUCAUGGAGGCAGUUGCGGAUAGGGUGGAGAUGCAUAACAACGUAGGAGAUCAGCGUGAUAAUUGGAACCGACUCCUUUCGACUUCCAUCAAUACGAUGACUUUAGCUGGCGCCACCAUGGCCGGACUAGCCGCCACAAUUGCUGCAGAAGGGGCUCCUUUUACGGCACUCAAGCUAUCCUCCAUUGUGCUUUACGUUGCAGCCAUGGGGUUGUUGCUGGUUAUGAACAAGAUUCAACCAUCCCAACUCGCGGAAGAAAAAAGAAAUGCAUCGAGAUUGUUCAAGCAGCUUUAUUUUCAGAUUCAAACAAUGUUGUCUCUUGGCAAACCAGAUAUCAGUGACGUUAAUGAAGCAAUGGGGAAAGUUUUAGCACUCGACAAGGCAUAUCCACUUCCUUUAAUGGGUUCCAUGCUUGAAAAAUUCCCUUCGGAAGUUGAACCAGCAAGGUGGUGGCCAAAACAAAGGCAAAAGCAAGUGUUUUUCGGGGAAAAUAUGGAGGGAAACAAUGGCUGGAACAGAAAGCUAGAGGAAGAAAUGAAGCAAAUUGUUAAAAUUUUGAAGAAGAAAGAUUUGGCCGAGUACAUUGAUUUGUGCACCAAAGCACUGAAACUUAACAAAAUGUUGGCAACAUCUGGUCCCUUAUUGACCCUUUUAGGGGUGUUGGGGUCUUCCUGUAUGAGCACUACCCACUGCUCGUGGCCAGUGAUGAUCGGAGUCAUAGCAGGCGCGAUGGCUUCUGUAGUGAACACGGUGGAAAUAUAUUGA